UCCCGAGAUCUGAACUGCCAGAAGCUCAUGGGCCGUCUCAACCACCCAUUCAUCCAUCUGGCGCACAAUUUGGACCUUCUGCACGUCAUCAACUACGCCGUCUCCACCAGAGAAAAAUCAGUGUUAUCACACAGCAAAACGAUUAUCACCGAGAUAUUCAAUCGUGAAUUCGAGCAAAAACUACACAAAAAAUGGCUCGCCAGACCGUUUGUCACCGGAGAAUGGAAUUAUCAGGCGACGACGUUGGUCUUUGAGAUAAUGAUGCUCUUUUUCAAUACGGCAAGAUUCCAGAAUGGAUUUAUGCUGACGAUUGAGAGCUAUAACGAAUGCUGGCUGAACUUCAUCGAAUCCUACGACACCACGAAUCUUGGCCAGAUGGCGAGAGCUGGCGUCACUGAACGCGAAUUCGACAAUCUUAAGAUCCUCCAGAUUCACAUUGAUAAGUGGAUCAAUGCGGCGAAGACGGCGGCUCGAGAUCAACCGCAUUCCAGAAGACCAGACAACCAAGACUACGCGCCACAACGAUUUGGAGAACCUUCAGGCACCACAUCCAGAAGCUUCGGAAGACAGCCAUCUCCCGAUUCCAGAAGAUCAGAAUACCAAGAUUCUCAGUCUAGAAGCUGUGGAAGUCCAGAAUCCAGAAGACAACCAUCUCCAGAAAAUAGAAGACCUCCAGUAUCCCAGAACCCACCACCUCGCUCCAGAAGAAUGACUCCAUCUCCGCCGAUCUCCGAAGAGGAAUUCCUCCGACGUCAAGCGAUCCGCUUUCAGAAACGACGAGAACAAGAUCCGACGUACGGACAGCCGCUGGGGCUUCAUCGAGUCGGUGGCGCCGACAGUGACUACGGAGAUCUGGAUUUGACGACGACGGACGACGAGGCUCCAGAAUCCGUUGGGACUUCAGAAGACGUUAAAAAGGAAGAAAAAGAGGAUAAUCUGCCAACUAUAGAUGUCGAUGCCAAGCCACGUCAACCGUAUGUUCAGCAGACCGAAAUGGAUGGAGAGUAUCAGCCAAUGUGGAUGAAGAGUGAGAAGACGGAGCCGCCGGAGGAUUUUCGAACCCUAACCGCCGUUCCGACGCUCAAAGACUACGUCAACGCCUCCGAACCGUAUCUCCGUCGAAUCGUUGAACUCGGCGUCUACACCUCCGCCGAUCACUACCUCGACGUUCAAUUCCGUCUUCUCCGCGAGGAUCUCGUCAGUCCGAUGCGUGACGGUCUGGACAUCUACCGUAAGAAUGGCACAUGCAAAGGACGACGUCUAGAGGGACAGAACAUGAAUUCUGACAUUUCCAUUACAAAUAUCGAGAGAGUGGAUGGAAAACAAGUGACUGAUAAGGAUGGCUGGGAGAUGCGAAUCAUUCAUCCAUCGAGUUUUGAUAUCUCCAAAUUGCUGGAGAACGAUCGAGAGAUGAAGGAGUCUGGAUUGGUGAUGUUGUCUUGCGAUAGAUUCGUGGAUGAUUUCCAUUUGGGACACGUUCAGACGUCAGUACUAGCUAAAGGCCAAUUACACCUGGCUGUUCACGAGGAGACGGCUCCAUUCCAGCCUGACAAGAGCUAUAUGAUGGCAGAGGCCACUUCAUAUCUUCCAGCCUAUGAGCAUGUUCUGAAUGCACUGAAGACCUUGAGUCCGUUCAAACCGAUUCCGUUCGAACGAUACCUAGUUCAUGGUCGAAAGGAGAUCUAUCGCCCCAAUUUUCAUCGAUUUGAGAAGUCUGAAGAGCAAAUUGCGGAGGAACGUCGUCUGGAGAGGAUUUACAAUGAGAAGCGAUCGAGAGCCGCGGCAAAACGGCUCAUGGCUGAUAAACCGAUUCCACGUGGAUUAGAAGAGGACGAUGACUACUACAUAAUGAAUAGAAAAGUGCCACCGAAGGAGGAGCAAGAUUUGGAGUAUUUGCAGUUGCAGGAGCCGAUUUUUAGGCCGUUCAUUGCCGUGGAUAGUAAAGGCUCUGACAACAUUCUAAUCGACCAAAAAUGGUACAAAGUCUCAAAACUGCUCAACGAUUUCCACCCGACCAACAUGGACGAAAGCCAGCGUGUCGCCUUCUGCAACACGUUCAAACACGAGCUAUCGUUGAUUCAAGGACCACCGGGUACUGGAAAAACGCACAUUGGCGUUCAAAUCGUCAAAACGAUGCUCCACAACCGGGGACACUGGAAGAUCACGUCGCCGAUUCUGGUGGUGUGCUUCACGAAUUCAGGAUUGGACAAUUUGUUGGAGAGAAUUCAUCAGAUGAUUUUGGACGACGAGGAUCUAUCACGAGACGAUGGCAAACCGAAGAUGAUUCGUUACGGUAUGAAGUGCGAAUCGGACUAUCUGAAGCGUCAAAAAGUGCUUCGUUUCGACGUCUACGAUCAGUACAGAGGUUCGGUGGCCGAUGGGCAUAUUUCGGAGCUCAACAAGACUGGAGCACAGAAGCGGAAAAAGGCUGAGCAAUUGGCGAUCGCCAGUUAUACGUUGUUCACGUCGAGAAGACAAUUCCUCUCCUUCAACAUCCUCCAACGAGCCAUGAAGCCCAGCUACCAAGACGAAAUUCACGCCUUUGCCAUAGAACACGUCGAUAGCAAUGAUAAAUCGCUGAACGCAGACGAAGCUCUCGCCUGUUGGCUUCUGGAUCGAGAUUUUGGAAAAGCGACACGAACGCAGAGCAAUAAGGCGAAGCAGAAUCGAUUCCAGAAUGCAGGAGCGGCAGAAGACUCGGAAGACGAGGAUAAACAAUUUAUGACGGUAGAGGAUGAUGAUGACGAUGAGGAUGGAGAGUUGGAUGAUGAGAAGAUGUUGGAUAAGAUUUUCAAGAAGAUGAAUCUCGAAUGUUCCGGAAAACAAGUGCUGAACAUGGCGAACGCCUGCAAUCUCGACGAAUACCACACCAAGGAGCCAUGGAUCAUUGCUCCAGACAAAACCCCCGAAGUCGUCCCACUAAUGGGUGUCCGGAUGAAGAAUCGCAACGAUACGGUCGACAACACGAUAUGCGAACUGCUGCACGAGGUGAAAUCAAUGAUUCACGGAACAGAACCGCUAACGUAUCACGAGUUGAACGACGUCAAGUACAUCUUCAGUCUGACACGACCCAAACGAUGGGCGUUGUAUAUGCAUUGGUGUGAGGAAGUGCGAAAAUACGUCUGCCUGAAUCUUCCGGAACAGAUGCGCGAGUACCGCGCCGCCUGCCAACGCUUCAUCAAAGCCAACGCUCGAAUCGACGCGGAAAUCAUGAAAAUGCCAAUGAUCGUUGGAUGCACCACCACCGGAUGCUCACGUCUUCGCCCGCAACUCGAGCAGGUCCAACCACGGAUUCUGAUCGUCGAGGAGGCCGCAGAAGUUCUCGAAGCCCAUAUUCUAUCAGCAAUGAUUUCGAGUGUCGAGCACUGUGUAAUGAUUGGUGAUCACAAGCAGCUCCAACCGAAUCCAGCUGUUCACGAGUUGGCCGAAGAGUACGGAAUGAAGAUUUCAAUGUUCGAGCGGUUGGUCGAACGAGCGCUACCGUAUUCGCAAUUGAGAGAACAGCAUCGCAUGAAUCCGUUGAUUUCGGAUGUGAUUGUGAAGCCAGCGUUCUAUGAUAACGUCAUCGAUGCCGACAACGUCUUCCACUACCCGCCAGUCGAAGGAAUGGCCACGAAUCUGUUCAUGUGGUCGCACAAAGGCAAAGAACAGUCGCCCGACGGCAUCUCGUGGUACAACACCCAAGAAGUCGCGAUGACCGUAUCCCUCGUGCGACACCUUCUCAAACAAAGCUACACCCAUCGGGAUAUCGUCGUUCUGACGACGUACGCCGCUCAGCGAAACUUCAUGACACGAGAAUUUCCGGGAAUGUUCGUCGGACCACAACAACAAUACGAGCAAGGACAGAUUCCAGUACACACUGUGGAUAGUUUUCAGGGUCGCGAAGGAAAAGUGGUCAUCGUCUCGUUGGUUCGUUCGCAUCGUGGCGUUCCGGAGAACACUGGAAUCGGAUUUCUGGCCGUCCCCAAUCGAAUCUGUGUGGCUUUGACACGUGCUCAGCACGGAAUGUAUGUCAUCGGAAACGCGGCGUAUUCGAAAGCCGGACGGCUCUGGAACAAUUUGGUCAACUCGAAUCUGGAUCAACAGUCUCUCGUCGCCUAUGAAAUCCCCAUCAAAUGCGUUACUCACGGAAACGUCGCCCUCGUCAAAGAUCCCGUCGACUUCAAUCGUCUAUCUCCAGAAGGCGGUUGCCUCGAACUCUGCGAUCUUCAGAAGCCAUGCGGCCACAUUUGUCGUCGUCGAUGCCAUCCGAACGUCGACUCUGAACACGACCUACGAUGCGAAUAUCAGUGUGAACGACGAUGUCCGAAUCCAGAAUAUCAGCACAGAUGUAUGCGUGCGUGCUACGAGGACUGUGGACAGUGUAUGCAUAUGGUCGUCGUUCGACUGGCUUGUGGACAUCAAGUGGAGACGCCGUGCAGUAGAGUGGCCACGGCGACUUGUGAUCAGAAAUGCAACAAACACGUCAUGUCGUGCCACCACAAAUGCUCGAAUCGUUGCGGUGAGCCGUGCAUCACGUCAGCCGCCUGCCAAGAGCUCGUCCUUCUCGACCUCGAAUGCAGCCACAAGAAGCCAAUGAAGUGCGCGGAGCUGACGGCAGGCGAACCGGAUUUCAGUUGUAACCAGCGUUGCGAGAAUCGAAUGCUCACUUGCCAACAUCAGUGUGCCGAGUUAUGUGGACAGCCGUGCACUGUGGAGUGUCAGGAGCCGGUCAAAGUGACACUGUCGUGCAAACAUCAACAGGACGUCAAGUGCUGUAAUUAUGACCCGAAUCGGCUGGAUCUCGUUGUGUGCAAGCAAAUAGAGACAAAAAUGCUGAGUCCAUGUGGUCAUUUCGAGCUGAUCGAAUGCAACAAACCCCCCUCCACCGUCGAAUGCACUCGUCCGUGCCCAGAAACCAUCGCCGAAUGUGGUCACAUUUGCGGAAACCUCUGUGGAACAUGCUUCACCACCAAAAACCAUCUGUGUCAGCAGAGAUGUCCCGUCACUCUGGACUGUGGCCAUUCGUGUAUGGGCAAGUGCAGUGAACCGUGUGCUCCGUGCAAAUCACUCUGUAAAAAUCGCUGCGAGCAUCAGAGUUGCGGAGGAGGUGUCGCGGAUUUCGGCCGGGAGUGCAGCACGAUUUGCGCCCUCUGUGUUCAGAAUUGCUCGAAUCGAUGUGCUCACCGAAGCUGUACGAGACGGUGCUAUGAGGAGUGCGAUGUGAAGACGUGCAACGAGCCGUGUGCUGAGAAAUUAGCUUGCGGACAUGCUUGUUUGGGAUUGUGUGGAGAAGUUUGUCCGAAAAUCUGCGGCACGUGCACCCGCCAACUCUACACAAAAGCCGUCGCCGGCGCUUCACCGCAACGCGUUCAUCGUCUGAUUCAUGUGCCAAAAUGCAGUCACGUUCACGCGGUGGAAGUGCUCGACGAGCAUGUCAAAGCGCUGAAGGACCAAGGAAAAUAUCUGACGUGCUGCUAUCCGGGAUGCGGCGGACCACUAAAUGGAGUUCAUCGAUACGCGAAAUAUCAUAAGAAAAUCUGGUUGGAGGAGAACAUGAAAAAAGUGCGUGCCCGCGCGAGCAGCAUCCAUCACUCGACGUACGACACCCGACUCAUUGAAAUAUGCACAGCCACCCUAGAUCAAAUGACACAGAUUCAGCCGACCAACUUGUCAAAUGAUUUCUAUCGAUACAUGGGCAUAUUCCGACACCACAUCGCCAAAUUCCGCGGUACCGGAGACACGUUCCGCGGAAAAGCCGAUCAAAAGUGGCGACUCGCGUUCCUGUGCGACGUGGCAAGCUGCUAUGGGGCGAUGGCUCGUUUAAUAUCGACAUCGUCGAAGUUUCAAACGUACAAACGGAAGAACAUCCCUCCGAACGUUGAUCAGAUGUUGCAGCGGAUGAAUAAUACAGAUUCGCCGUUCUCGAGAGUCGUCGACGAGAUGAGACGUGGUUUGGAGCAUGUGCAGGAGAAUUUCAAGUCGGGACUCGUUGGAGCAGUGCUGCCGAAGUUGAGACUUCUCAUUGCGAGAAUGACACUUUUCCAGAUGCUCACCACAAUGUGCUACGAACUCAUUUCUGAUGGCCGCGACGUUUCGGACGCCGAAUCCCGGGAGCUCUCGAAAUAUAUUCAAAUAUUUGUCGGUUGCGAACAACACCAC